UUGAAUUUGUUAAAGUCAAAGUCACAUCAGUAAGCCGACAGGAGUGUGAAAAAUAUAAUUACACCUCAGCUCAAACCGAAGAGGAGGACACAGUCAGUCAAAAGAGAAUGAAGAAAAGAAGGAAAUUUGAAGAUUAUGUUCAAGGGUCAGAUUUGUCUCCUGAGGAGGAUGAGUCCUUGCCAGACAAGAAAAAGGAGGAUACAGUGUUGCUUCCGGUUCCUCCGCCAAAGGGACAAAAUGCAAUGCUGCUCGAGUUACCUGCACCCCCAGAACUGGCUAACACCACCAUUAGACAACCAGAGAGUCCUGCAUCUUCAGACAUUUCUGGAUGUUCUUGUCCAACGCAUCACCGUUCACCCACAAGGUCUGAAUCCUUAGAAGCAUUUAGUCCAGAGUCAGCCAGGUCUAGGCUUUCACGCACACCUCAGCGUGGAGUUCGAAAGCCAUCACAGUCCGGGAGCAGAAAGAGUCGGGCGUCCUCAUCCAGAUCUAGGCGUUCUCGCACACCUCAGCGUGGAGUUCAAAUGCCAUCACAGUCCGAGAGAGGCUUAUUCCCCAUGUCUCAAGCUAAAUACCAGAAGUCAGUGCUUGGAAAGCUAGUUGAACUUCUUGAUGAGAUAAAAAGAGUCGGAAGGCACUAUGAGCCGCUGAAUUCUGCUGUCCAUGUUGCUAGGCUAGAAACCUUUGAAGAUUUUGCUGAAGAAGAGGCACGUCUCAAGGAACGCAACCUCUGGGAACAAAGGGUGUCCCAGCUCUCAAAGGUGGGAGGGAGGAAUAACAAGGACUGCGUCCAUAAAGUAAUGGACAGGCUUUUCACCAACAGCCUAAUGGCUACUUUCAACAUGAAGGGGCGGGGUCGCAGUGAGAAAAAAGCCUUCCAGGAUACCGUUCUUUACUCUGUGGUAAAAGCCGCAGUAAUGAAGUGGAGUAAAACAGCCACAGAAGUGGAAAUCAGGGCUGCCAUGGCUGAGACACUUAAACAUGCUCCAGGGAGAGCUGGAGGUGGAGGUCGCAAAGUGUGACCAUUUAGUGUACAUUUUCUUUCUUAGAGUUGUGUUUUGUUGACUCUUGGAAAGUGAACUGUGUUGUGUUGGUUACUGGACCAACCUAUGUUUAUUGCACUGACUCUAAUGUGAAAUCUGUGUUGGUUAUUUGACUGUUUGCACUAUUUAAAAUGUGCUGUUUUAAUAAAGUUAUUAUAAGCUAACCCUUUAAA